UUCCGUUUAUCUGCGAGGUCAGAGAAGGCUGGCUGCGUUCAGUGGUGCUGUUGAAAAACACGAUGAAAAUGGCGUGGCAACCGCAAGAGGAAGGACUUCGACAAAUCUUGACGCUCCUCAAGGAGUCUCAGAGCCCGGAUACGGCUACGCAGCGAGCCGUUCAAGAAAAAUUGGAAGAAUUAAACAAAUUUCCUGACUUUAACAAUUACCUUAUUUUUGUUUUAACAAAACUCACAUCAGAGGAUGAACCAACAAGGUCUCUAAGUGGAUUGAUUUUGAAAAAUAACGUUAAAGCUCAUUUUUAUAAAUUUUUACCAGAAGUUACAAAUUUCAUCAAGCAAGAAUGUUUAUCAGCAGUUGGAGAUCCAUCACCUCUAAUUCGUGCAACUGUUGGUAUUUUAAUAACUACUAUUGCAUCCAAAGGUGAAUUAACCAGAUGGCCAGAAUUAUUACCUGCACUUUGUCAAAUGUUAGAUUCACAAGAUUAUAAUGUGUGUGAAGGUGCCUUUGGUGCUCUUCAAAAAAUUUGUGAAGAUUCUUCGGAAAUAUUGGACUCUGAUGCACUCAAUCGACCAUUAAAUGUUUUAAUUCCAAAGUUCCUGCAAUUUUUUAGACAUUCAAGCCCUAAAAUUAGAUCACAUGCUAUUGCCUGUGUUAAUCAGUUUAUUGUUAAUCGUACACAGGCUUUAAUGAUUCAUAUAGAUAGUUUUUUGGAGAAUCUCUUCCAUUUAGCUAAUGAUGAUGAUUCUGAUGUUAGAAAACAUGUUUGCAGAGCUUUGGUAAUGUUGCUUGAAGUACGAAUGGAUAGAUUAAUACCACAUAUGCAUAACAUAAUAGAAUAUAUGUUAAUGAGGACUCAAGAUCUUGAUGAAGGAGUUGCUUUAGAAGCUUGUGAAUUUUGGCUUUCAUUAGCUGAGCAACCAAUUUGUAAAGAAGCACUUGCACCACAUUUACCCCGUUUAGUACCUAUAUUGGUAAGAGGCAUGAAAUAUUCGGAAAUUGAUAUAAUACUUCUAAAAGGAGAUGUAGAAGAAGAUGAAAUGAUCCCAGAUAGAGAAGAAGAUAUUAGACCAAGAUUUCCAAAAUCAAAAACACAUCAUACACAUCAUGCUAAUAUGAAUAAGCAUACGAAUGAAAAUGGAGGUUGUGAUGAAGAUGAUACAGAUGCUGAAGAUGGAUGUGAUGAUGAUUCAACACUUAGUGAUUGGAAUUUAAGGAAAUGCUCUGCUGCUGCUUUAGAUAUGUUAGCAAACGUAUUUAGAGAAGAAUUAUUACCAGUUUUAGUACCAAUUUUAAAAGAAACACUUUUCCAUCAAGAUUGGGAAAUCAAAGAAUCUGGAAUAUUAGCAUUGGGAGCUAUAGCAGAAGGUUGUAUGAGUGGAAUGAUUCCACAUUUAUCAGAAUUAAUUCCAUAUUUAAUUAGUUGCUUAAGUGAUAAAAAAGCACUAGUACGCGCUAUUACUUGCUGGACAUUAAGUCGAUAUGCACACUGGGUUUGUGCGCAACCUCAUGACACUCAUUUGAAACCUUUGAUGACUGAAUUACUCAAAAGAGUACUUGAUGGCAAUAAACGCGUUCAGGAAGCCGCAUGUUCUGCUUUUGCAACAUUAGAAGAGGAAGCAUGCACAGAAUUAGUCCCUUAUCUUGGAUUUAUUCUUGAAACACUUGUUUUUGCUUUUGGAAAAUAUCAACAUAAAAAUCUUUUAAUAUUAUACGAUGCAAUUGGUACACUUGCUGAUUCAGUAGGACAUCAUCUUAACAAACCAGAUUAUAUUAACCUUCUUAUGCCACCACUUAUUAAUAAAUGGAAUGUAUUGAAAGACGAAGAUAAAGAUCUCUUUCCAUUAUUAGAAUGUCUUUCUUCAGUUGCAACUGCUUUACGAUCUGGUUUCCUUCCUUAUUGUGAACCCGUAUAUAGACGAUGUGUAUCUCUUGUAGAGCAGACAUUAAAUCAACAUAUAGCAAAUACACAAAGCCCAGAACAAUUUGAAGCCCCUGACAAAGAUUUUAUGAUUGUUGCAUUAGACCUCCUUAGUGGUUUGGCAGAAGGCUUGGAUGGUCAUAUGGAACGUUUAGUAAUGAAUAGCAAUGUUAUGCAAUUAUUAUAUCAAUGUAUGCAAGAUGUUAUGCCUGAAGUUAGACAGAGCAGUUUUGCUUUAUUAGGAGAUCUUACAAAGGCUUGUUUCCAACAUGUUCUCCCAUGUAUACCGGAAUUUAUGCCCAUACUUGGACAAAAUUUAAAUCCUGAGUUCAUAUCUGUAUGUAAUAAUGCAACAUGGGCUAUUGGUGAAAUAGCUAUAAAACUCGGGUCUGAUACAAGUGCAUAUAUUCCACUAAUUCUGACACAGCUCAUCGACAUAAUCAAUAGACCAAAUACACCAAAAACACUGCUAGAAAAUACAGCCAUAACGAUCGGUCGCCUAGGUUAUGUGUGUCCCCACGACGUCGCCCCCAUGUUACAGCAGUUUGUCCGACAGUGGUGUACUUCUUUGAGAAGCAUAAGAGAUAAUGAGGAAAAGGAUUCAGCAUUCAGAGGUAUGUGUCAAAUGAUCACUGUAAAUCCAGCAGGAGUUGUGCAAGAUUUUAUCUUCUUUUGCGACGCUGUUGCAUCUUGGGUAACGCCUAGAGAAGAUCUUAAAGGCAUGUUCCAGAAGAUAUUACAUGGAUUUAAAAAUCAAGUUGGUGCGGAAAAUUGGAAACGAUUUUCAGAUCAAUUCCCACCACAGCUCAGUGAACGACUCCAUAAUAUGUAUGGCGUCUGAGCAGCCCCGUCUAAAUAUGAAGGCCGCUUUAAGGGGCAGGCCGAAAGGGGUUGGGCGGGAAACAGAAUAAUGGGUGGACAGGGUGGGUGGGUGAAACCACGGCCUCUUCUCAUCAACAUCGUUGUCGUUAACGUGUUAUGGUCAUCGUCAGGCUCUUGGGGGAAUUAAUAUGCGUUAUUAGAGCUACAGCCUCAGUAAGCGGUAUAAAUGAAAAAUCGAAAUGAGAAUGGAACAAAGAAAAUGAGAACGACAAAAUAAAUGUCAUGGGCCGAAAUGUAACGCGUGGGUGGGCGGGUAGGGGGGCGGGAGGGAGGGAGGGAGGAACUGUGUUGGGGUCACCGACCACUUUACAGUAAAGGUAUCGUAACUUUGACGCUAAAUCGCAUUGCAAAAAAAAAACAGAAAUGAUACCUUAACGUAGUGAAAACCUACACGCUGUACACUCCGUUUCCAUUAGCGCUGUAUAACACUAUUCAGUGUUUAAUUCUCGCGUAUUGAAACGAGACAAGAAGUGCUGGUAAAUAACUAGCCCAGCUCUUAAACGAAAUCGACUUCUCAUAUGUGCGAAUGGCAAAGAAUAAACAAUGGAAAAAAAAAAGGAGAAGUAAUAACCAAAAUAAAUUUAAAAAAAAAAAAAAGAGAGAGUAUAGAUCUCACGUUAUAGAGCUUGCUAAACUACUGUGAUCGAACAUUUAUAUAUUAGGAUAUUGAUUUUUUUCUUUUUUUUUUUCUUUUUUUUUUUUUUUCUUUUUUUUUUUUCUUUUUUUUUUUUUUUUUUUUUUUUUAUAAGAAAGAUAGAGAGGUGCCUCAUUCUAUAUUUGAUGAGUUUUCUAGAGCUUAGAUGGUGGUAGUAAUACUUAUUUGAUAUAAAGCUAAUGAAUAGACAAAUAUGUAAUUAGAAAUUUCAUAGUGUACAGAAGGUUUUUGAGAAUAUGUAUUUUUAUACGUUAAAACUCAAUAUAAACGCAGAGAAAGUGCCAUUCCGUUCGUUUCGAACCAAAAUUUUUCUGCUUACUUUAUUCUCUCCUUGCUAAUUGUGAUAUUAGGUUAUAUGACACUUUGUCGUCAUGUAUGAAUGAAACAUAUUUCAAAUGGAUCAAUAUAUACAUACAUGUAUAAGUAUGUAUCUAUAUAUUGCUCUUAAUUAUAUAUGUCGAAUAUAAUAUUUUAACCCACAGACCAUUUUGUGAUUAUUUUUUUGUUAAAAAUAUUAAAUUAGGAUCAUAUUAGCUGUUAGUGUAAAUAGAUAAAUACAUUUUAGAGUGAAAGUUUUUGUUAUCACUAUAGAUAAUAUUUCAAAUUUUUUGCUUGCAUAUCACCUCUUAACAGGUUGACGUUAUAUAAAGUAAAAUAUGAGACGAAUAUAGUUUGAAUAUGAUUUGCAGGUAACGAUCCACAGAGUUUUGAAUCUAUGACGUGAAAUCUAUCGUGAUGUAGAGAAAUUUUUGUCAUGUGCACCGAUACACGCUGAUCUCCAUUUCAUUUUUAAAUAUCUUUUCGCGUUAGUAGCAUGUUUUUGAAAUUAAAGCGCUGACUGUGUCAUUCCAGUCCAGUUUUUGGGCCAGUUCAUAAAACAAGCACUUUUUAUUGAAAACGAAAAAAAAGAAAAAAAAAAGAAAGAAACGAGAUUGCGUUUAUCAUCAUCGUUGUUUUCGCUGAUAAAAGAAAUUUCGAAAAAAAAAAAAAAAAAACGAAAUAUCGAAAUUGUGAGAAAUGCGUUUAUGCAUCGAUGACAAGAAAUGAUGAACAAAAAAAGUAACAAAUUGUAUUAACGAAUAUCGUGAAAUUUGUAACAAGAAAAAUAUCACGAAAUCCAUUUCUAGAACUUUUAUUGAUGUAAACUGUAAUUUUUAUUUUUUUCUGUUCAUUUGUCGAAGAAAACAAAAAUGCUUAAAAAAAAAAAAAAAAGAAAGAAAAUACGAAACAAGUAAAAGAAAAUCGCUCAACAUGGUAGAUGAUGGAACUAAUUUAAUCGUCGUUGAGUCACUGUUGUCAAUCAAACUUUAUUAAUAAAAAGAAAAAAGAAAACCGAACAAAAAAACCAAAAAAAAAAGCAAAAAAAAAAAAACAGAACUGGCAGGAUGAACUAGCGCAGGCGAGAUUAGAUAUUUAAGAAAAAAAAAAAAAAAAAAGAAAAAAAAA